AUUAGGUUGAGUCUGCUAUAGAGAUUCGAAUAACAAAGUCCCCUUUAGGCCCAGAUGUCCAAUGUACACAGUCCUUGUGGCACGAGUUUGUACAGAGCAUUGCAUUGUCAUACGCCAACUCACUGUCCAGUAAAUUGGCAGAGGGAGCUGUCUGGUGUCAUCUGUUGUCAGAAGGGGGUCUUCCAUGUGUACCCCUUGUCAUGAAUAUUGUUGCUGUUACUGUUCAUUUUCUUAUAGCCAGUAAAUUGUUCUAAUCUCAGCCUGAGAUCUUUACCUUUUGUGCCUCCUCUCCAUCCUGCCGCUGUGAGAAGGGGGAAAGAAAACAGGGGAGCAGGAGAAUGGGCAUGGUUCGGAGGGUCUCAGUGGGGGCACUGAAUGGGUAAGUACCAUUCCUAAGCCACAACAGAUCCCAGUGCCCCAGCCCUCUACACCCCCCGUGCUCCCAAUGCCCCCGUGGUCCCUGGGCCCACAGUGUCCCGAGUGUCCACUGAUUAGAGCUCCCAGUCCUCCCAGUGCCAGUGCUUCCGGCUGCCCGUGGUCCUGUUGCCCAGUGUUUCCAGUACCCAGUAUUCUGGGUGCACAGUGACAGGACUCCAGCUCCAGUACCAGGACCACAGCUCCUAGUAUUACACACCAGGACUGGGACCCCAGCCAUGCUACUGGUACCCCAGGCCCCAGUAUCAGCACCCCAGCCCCAGGCCCCUUUAUGCAGCCCAGGAGCACCUCCCAGCCCCAGCCCGGCCCCGUCUCCAGCCAGCCCCGCGGAGCUGGUAACCGGAGCUCCGAUAGCAGCUGCAGCUGUGGUGAUACCAUCAAUAAUUGAGUGGCAGCAAGGCUCCACACAGGACUGCCUGCCUCUGUCUGCCUGGAGUGUGGGGACAGCGAUUGCCCUGGCCUUCCUCCCCUUCAUUGUCACCCUGCUGAUCCGGUACCGGCACUACCUGAUGCUGCUGUACCGGGCAGUGCUGGUGGCCUGGCUGCGGGACCGGCUCACUGGCACCUCGCGGGAGCAGCGUGCCUUCCAGUACCUGCUGGCCCAUGCCAUCCCUGGGGACCCCCACCACAUCCUCCAGACCUUCGACCAGUGGUGCUACCACUGUGAGCACCUCAGCUGUGUGGGGCCCGACAAAGGGCGGAUCGUGGAGCGGGUGCUGUUGGAGCGGGCACCACUGCGGGUGCUGGAGCUGGGCACGUACUGUGGCUACGGCACGGUGCUGCUGGCACAGGGGCUGCCCCCAGGCGCCCGCCUCUACACCAUCGAGGGUGACCCCCGACACGCUGCCGUGGCCGAGAAGGUCAUCCGCCUGGCCGGCUUCAGCGAGCAGACGGUGGAGCUGAUCGUGGGCCCCUCGGAGGAGGUGAUACCCCGCCUGCGCGAGAAGCACGGCCUGAUGAACGCCAACUUGGUCUUCAUGGAUCACUGGAAACGCAGCUACCUGCGGGAUCUACGGCUGCUGGAGAGCCACCAGCUGCUGGCUGAGGGGGCCACCAUCCUGGCUGAUAAUGUCCUCUUCCCUGGGGCACCCCACUUCCUGCAGUACGCCAAGACCUGUGGCAAAUACCACUGCAAGGUGCACCGCGCCAGCCUGGAGUACUUCCGCGCCAUUCCUGAUGGUAUCGCUGAGCUCCGCUACACCGGUACCCGCUGAACGGGCAGCGGGCUGCUGCCUCGUGCUGGCCAGUUACCAUGGCAGUGCCAGCUGCCCAGCCCCCUGCCAUGGCUUCAACAUGGGCUCUGGAGGAAACGCAGUGGCUGCUGUGGUCUGUGGCGGGGCGCAGUGGGUAAUGAGGGGGCUCAUU